GAAGGUGGCGCGGGAGCUGGGAAGCUUCUUGGGUUCGUCCGGGAAGGCCUCAAACGAUUCGUUCUACUGCCUUGAGGUUUCCGGGUGCUACUUGGGAGACCCCCCCAGCUGCUUCCCUACGAUCUUCGCGUUCCGACCUCCUGCUUCUCUGGAGUGUCUCUGCUUCCUGAGUCCCCGAGUGGAGAGGAUGGCAGAGGAACUGGAUCUAACAGAGCAAGACUCUGAUGGGGGUAGUGAAGAGGUGGUCCUAACUCCUGCAGAGCUCAUUGAAAGGCUGGAGCAGGCUUGGAUGAAUGAAAAGUUUGCCCCUGAACUGCUAGAAAGCAAGUCUGAAAUUGUAGAAUGUGUCAUAGAACAACUAGAUCACAUGGAAGAAAAUCUCAAGAGAGCCAAAAAGGGGGAUCUGAAGGUCAGUAUCCAUCGAAUGGAGAUGGAGAGGAUCCGCUAUGUCCUCAGCAGCUACUUGCGGUGUCGACUCAUGAAGAUAGAGAAGUUUUUUCCUCACAUCCUUGAGAAGGAGAAAAUGCGACCUGAGGGAGAGUCUUCCAGCCUUUCUCCAGAGGAGUUUGCCUUUGCCAAAGAGUACAUGGCUCACACAGAGGCCUAUCUUAAAAAUGUUGCCUUAAAGCACAUGCCUCCCAACCUACAGAAGGUGGACCUCUUAAGGGCAGUUCCAAAACCAGAUCUAGAUUCAUAUGUGUUUCUGAGAGUGAAAGAACGACAAGAAAACAUACUGGUAGAGCCAGAAACAGAUGAGCAGAGAGACUAUGUGAUUGACUUGGAAGAGGGCUCACAACACUUGAUCCGAUAUAAAACCAUUGCACCUCUCGUUGCUUCUGGAGCAGUACAGCUCAUUUAAAAGUAAGCAUGGAAUUAUAGGAAAUAUUAGAAACCUCUCAUCACUUUGUGCCUAAGAACAACAUCAAAAUAGUUCUCCAAACAGACUUUUCUCAGCAAUGCUGUGAAUCACUUUGGCAUUGAGAUGAAGUCAAGGCAGGAGUCUUAAUAUUGCUAUAACGUCAUCCCCAUUUCUUGCCAUUUUAGACAGUAUCAGCAGAUGGGGCCAUUGCUCUGUUUAUUCUGCAAAC